UCGGUGAGACUUGACAGUUUAUAAAGCUCACGAGUCGUCCAGGUUGAACGUUGGAACCUUGCUUGUCGGAUAUUUUGAAACUUGAGAAGAAUUUACUACGGAAGUUCUAUCGUGAACGAAUGGAUAUAACAUUAAUCAAACCGCACUGGAAGUAGCCUACAAUAUUAUACUAUUUAAUUUCUCCAGUUUGAAAGAUGUUGGACAAACGCAUUGUUGUUGAUCUGCAUUUGGAUCAAGAUGCCAGAGGAAAAAGCGGGAAAGAGGAUUUUGAGAAGCAGUACCAGUUUGGAGCACUUCUUGGAAGCGGUGGAUUUGGGUCCGUCUUUGCUGGGCAACGACUUUCAGAUGGCCUGCAGGUGGCCAUAAAACAAGUGACAAGUGAAAGAGUUCAACAGUGGGCGAGAUUGCCUGGUGAAGCCUCUACUGUGGUUCCCAUGGAGAUUGCACUAUUGAUGCAUCUGGGUGGGGGUCCCGGGGUAGCUGGGAGUCCGGGGCACCGGGGAAUUAUCCGGAUGUUGGACUGGUUUGAGGUCCCAGGUCAGGGCUUCCUCAUGGUGUUUGAGAGGCCCCAGCCCUGCCAGGACCUGUUUGACUUUAUCACAGAGAGGGGAUCCUUGGACGAGCAGCUUUCUCAGAGGUUCCUGCGUCAGAUUGUGGAGGCUUUGCAGUUCUGCCAUGCUCAGGGGAUUGUCCACAGAGACAUCAAAGAUGAGAACAUACUAGUGGACACACGGACAGGAGAUGUCAAGAUAAUCGACUUUGGUUCCGGGGCCUUGCUCAAGGAUACGGCUUACUCCGAGUUUGAAGGCACGCGAGUGUACAGUCCUCCUGAAUGGAUCCUGGAGCAGCACUACCACGCACGGCCACUGACUGUCUGGUCUCUGGGUGUGCUUCUAUUCGACAUGGUGUGUGGUGACAUCCCCUUCGAGAGGGACUGUGACAUCAAGCAGGCCAUGCCAAGCUUCACUAAGCGCAUCUCCAAAGAAUGCCAGUCUCUGAUUCGCUGGUGCCUAUCCUACCAACCUGAGGACCGCCCCAGUCUGGAGCAGAUCCUUCAUCACCCCUGGAUGGAGCAGGGCGAGGACGUAGAGGAGGGGGGUGAGGCUGGAGACCUGACUGGGGAGAGCAGCUCAUUACCCAGCCAAUCCAGCAUCUGAGACAAUGACACUUGAGCAAAGGAUGGUCUGGGAAACUUCACAUGCCAUUGUCUGUAGUUCCUGCUGGUCUGGUCUGAGGGACUAACCGAUGCACUGUGUUCUGUGUAUCCAGCCCUCCCCGAAACCUUGUUAUUUAUUGUUCAGUUUAGGGUUUUUUUUUUUCUAUUAUAUUUGUAAUUUAUUUGACAGGUAUUGCAAACAUGUGUCAAAAAGUUGCACUGUCUAUAUUCCUGGGCUAUAUUAUUUUUUUAAGAAGAAGUCUGUAUAAAAACCUAAAUAAUUUAAGUUAAAAAUUCAAAAUUAUCUUUACACUUUAUAGGAACAAUGACCACAAGAACAAAUGUAUACUUUUUGUUAACUUAUGGGUAUUUAGGACAGUAUAGUUGUAUUUUUAUUUGAUUUCAAGGGAGAAGUCAAUUUACAGUAGCAGUAAUACUGAAGGCAUGUUGAAGUUUCUGGCAUCCCCUGGGUUUGUUUGAGACAGAAACUCUCAUUGUGGUCUAAUGAAGAUCACCCUCUUUCUCAAAAGAGUGACCUGGUUUUACAGGUUAGAUACAUAUACCUACCUUCCUUGUUUUAGAGGAACAAAGGACUAUCUUAUGUUUACUGGUACACCUCACUGGACCAGGGUAACAUAUGUAUCACAUUGUUACAAUUCUUAAAGGAAACACCCACAGCACUAUGCACCUAUCCUGCUACCUAUGGACUGAUCCUCUAAGCCCUGAGCAGCAUUCCUUCCAACACGGACUAAGGCCUUGCCUCUGGUCUGUCCACCUGUCCAACACUGCUGUCUGGAAUGUUUUGUUAAUAUUUUCAUUUGUUCUUAACUUAAAGUGUGCAUGCUGUUGACAGCUUGUUUCAUGUCAGUUAUGAUGGUCCAUUGUACACCAUGGUUUAGGAUGGCUUUAUGCUUGCUGUACAUGUUUUUCUCUUGGGCUUUUCUCUGAGGAGAAUGGUUUAUAAUGAGGCAUGUUACUUAGGGCCUCCAUUUCAAAACCUAAACUAAACUCUGGAGCCGCACCAUGUCACUCAGGACUCAACACUCUAUUUAACUUGCUCAUACUUAACUCAACCUUCAAAUCUUGUGAUGACAUAGAAAUACAGUAUGAUGCCACUUGGUCAUCCUGGAGAACACUGUGAUUGUACAGUUGUAAUUGUUAUGUAAAUACAUUUGUAUUAUUGUUGUUCAGUGUCACAGAUUAAAAUUAUUUAUAUUAAAUGAG